AUGUCUCACAUCAAUGAGAUGUCUUUAGUCUGCAUCGAGUCUUACGACAUCUGGAUCCAUAGACUGCUCCAGAAGUUAGGACUCAUAGAGAGUGAUGACCCGUCGGGUGGUGUCGUGGACUACACCGUCGACGACCACUUGAGCGAAGAGUAUCUGCUGGGACUGGACCCGAAGGACUGGAAGAAUCAGGACCACUACAGGAUCUUCAAUAUCCACAACCGAUUCUAUGCCACCGCCGAUGACGUGAAAAAGCAAUAUCGUCUGAAAGUGCUUCGACACCAUCCGGAUAAGAGGACGUCCGCCACAGGUCUGCCCAUUGAUCUCGACCUCGACUACUAUUCCUGUAUUACUAGAGCGUACGAAAUAUUAGGCGAUCCCAUCAAAAGGAGAUCCUAUGAUAGUAUUGACCACACAUUUGAUGACGAAAUUCCA